CUCAAAAUAGACGUCACACUGCGGAAGCGGGUAUACCCGCUGAAACGCCGUCUAUUUUGAGCGACUUUCAAGCCCGGCAAAGCCAAUGGAGAAACAUGCUGCGAAGACACGACGCUUCUAAGGCCGCAUGACACCUGUAAUCAAUACGAAAAUAAUCUAGGCGUCCACAUGGCGGGUAAGCGAGGAUGAUGACACGUGAGACGCACCUCGGGAGGAGAGGGAGAGACAGCGAGAGGAGAGGAAGACACGCCCACUCCUCCUCUUUAUUUCGAGCUCUCCUCGGCUCUCGGUCCAGUCGCUGAUGAACGCCUCACGCAGACACGAGCAGGGCAGACGUCAAAAUUCAUAUUUGGCUUUUAUGUGCCCUUCCGAAGGUGACAUCCGGUCAGCUUUGAGAGGAACUGCACUGAAAAUCCAGCAAAGAGACUGGAGAACGUUUAACGGCACAUUUCCGAGGAACCCAUUUACAUACGGCGGCGGCCAAGUGGAGGUGAGCGUCGGGGGGCUGCGCCGAGGCCAUGUGCCCGGUCCCACCACAGCAGCGAUGGAGCACACCCCGAAAAGAAGAAGAUCCCGAGGAGGCGAUCUGGCGGCGUGGUUGUGCGGCACGCUAUUUUUCUGCUCCCUCUGGAGCCCGGCCCACCCGCAGUGUCCCGACAGCUGCCGCUGCGCCUGGGACACGGCCACCGUGCUGUGCUCGGACGCGGGCCUUCAAGAGGUCCCCGAGGGGAUCCCGCCGGACACGGUGUCGCUGCACCUGGAGCGCAACAACAUCCGGAGCCUCCCCGAGAGCGCUUUUGUGGAACUGGCCCACCUGCGAGACCUCUACCUGGCGCACAACCGCAUCGAUUCAUUGUCCUCGGGCGCCCUGCGCCGCCUGGGCCCCGAGCUGCGCCUACUGGACCUGUCCCACAACCAGCUGAGGCAGGCCAGCCGGGACGAAUUUGGUGGCACGCAGGCCAAGAUGCGUCUGUACCACAACCCGUGGCACUGCGACUGUAUGCUCCAGGAACUCAUGGAGACCCUCAACCUGGAACCCGAGACGGUCAACGGAAUCGUCUGCGAGAGCUCGGUGCGAGGGCUGGGCGAGGUCAGCCGCUGGGAGGACCCGGGCGUGCUGGGCGAGCACGCCGGACAGCCGCUGGUCAGACUCCUGCACUCGGGCGUGAAUUUCUGCAGCUUGCAUAGGAAGACCACUGACGUGGCCAUGCUGGUCACCAUGUUCGUGUGGUUCUUCAUGGUCAUCGUGUACGUGGUCUACUAUGUGAGGCAGAACCAAGCCGAGGCCCGCCGCCAUCUGGAGUACCUGAAGAGUCUCCCCAGUCCCCGCAAGACCCCGACUGAGACAGACACCCUGAGCACCGGCUUCUGAAUUGAAUGAUCUGGAAUGUUUCACCCCUCCAGCUAUUGUUAAUCAUUCUUUAAAGAAAAAAAAAACGAUUUAUUUUUUCACACAAAUGGCUGAUCUGUUUGCCUAUUUGUGCUGUAGCAUUUUUUCUUUGUUUUUGUGCUGCAGGGGAGUUUUGUACACAGUGAACCCCCGCUGCUAGACACUAAUCCCCACCGGUCAUCGCGAAAAUCUGCGAAUAAUUGAAGCGUCCCCUAAAAUGGGUUUGUAAUUGCCUAUAGAUGCCACAAGAUGGCGGUAAAGCAAUUGAAACAGAUGUAUUUCAUGUGGAUGAAUGAACACAGACAAAAACAAUCGGUAAGGCAUCAAUGCCAUGCAUCGAGCAUGUACACAACUAUGAAUACGUUACAUAAAAGACUUUCAGUACUGUGGCGCCUUGAGAUACGAGUCUUUGGAUUUAUCUUUGGAACCGUCAUUUGCCAAAUUUCUGUCUUGAGAUAUGAAACCAUUUAGAUGCGACUACACUUCAGACCCCCACUAGGGUGCCUCCAAACGGGUCAUGGUGGGGAUGGAUAUCCCCCUCCUUCCUUGUCCAUUAACCCCAUUGGCACAGUCAUGUUUUAUGCUCAUGUUUUCCUUUUAAUGCGUAUUACAGUACAAUACUGGGCUGGAAUGGAUUAAUUGCAUUUCUAUUCAUUUAAUUGGGGAAAAAUGAUUUCAGACAUGAACGUUUUAAGAUACGAGUGUGAUCGUGGAAGAAACUAAAUCCUUAUCUUGAGGCACAACCAAAACACCUACACGAGGCUCGUCAAUCGAGGCGACUUGACUUCUUUUUGUUCGUUUGAAGACAUUUCUCCUCAAAUCAAAACGUGAUUUUUAUUUUAAGUUUGAAAAUUUUAAGAGUCUCCUGAUUUAUGCUGCAUGGCUGUGAGGUGUUGUACAUAAAACAUCGCAUUGAGGAAACAAACACAGAGACUGUUGCUCGCACAGCUCAACAAAUAAGAGUUGCAAAGCCAGUUGGCGCUUAUCGUAAAACUGACACAUACAACAAAAGACCAUCUAACGUUGCAUAUUUAAAUAACAAAAUGUUUGACCAAACCAUACGGCACCAUUUCGUCUAACGAAUGUAUAAUGGAAAAUUGAAAUUAGCUGUUCCAAACCUUCUCCCCUGAAAUGAUCACAAUGUGGUUGUGUGCCAAAGACGUACCGUGACGUGGCGGCUGAGACGGACAAGAACUUUGCGCUCGUUACACUUCCCCUUCCUUUGAUUUGAUCUCGCUGUGCCCUAGAAUCUCCUCUUCAAUCUCUCCGUGAGGUUGAAUUGGCAAUCAUUGACCCUUGAGAAAGAAUUUCAUCAUGAUCAUCGUCAUUGUCGUUAUCUGGAGCGUGAUUGUGACUUUGGCGCCGUAUGCCAGGAUUUGUGCAACCGUUUUCAAGCAAUCGACAUUGGCCCAAAUGACUCAUUGCUGUCUGUUUUUAGGGACAUUUGAACGUCAAUAACUUCAACCUAUUUUUUUCAGUUUAAAUUCAUUUAUUAUUAUUUUACUGAUAAUGCAGGUGAUAUAUUGUAUUUUUCAUUAAUCUGGUGAUUUAUUGAAGUGUGAUACAACAGAUCAUUUAUUCUUAUACUAUUUUUUCAUUUAAUUUUUUAAUGGAGUAGCAAGUGAUUAUUUUAAAAUUUUAUUUUAUUUUACCAUUUGAUCACAUUUGUUCCUGUUUUUAAGUUUAUAUAUUAAGUUUUCUACUCUUCAUUUUUCUCGAAAAAGGAGUUUAUUGCAUUUAAUUUUAGCGAUUGAGCAGGUGAUGAUUUUAUUAUUUGGGAUUUGUCAUCACUGGACCAAGAGAACUGUUGAUUUUUCCUCAGGAAUAUGAUAAUAUAAUAGAAAAUAAUAUAAUUAUUAGUUACAUUUAGUGAAAGCAAAAGUUUAAUUCAUCCUUCAGGCAUACUUACAUCUAACUUAAAUGAAUAUGAAAAUGAAUUACAAUUUGGAAAAAAGAUGAAACCUUCAAAAAAAGUGCAUUUUUAAAAAUAUUAAUGACCGAAUCUUACAAGAAGUCAAGAUGUAAAUUAAAAAUUAAGGGUGGGAUAGGUAUUUUUUUAGGGGGGAAAAUGAUUUUAACUUCAUAGGAACGAGACCAAAAAAAAAAAAACAGAAUGUUAUAAGUAAAGGUUGUAAUAUAAAAAAAAAAAAAAUUUAGAAAAAAGAAAUUCUGUUUCUGAGAAAAUUUGUGCUCAGAAAAAAAGUUGACAAGUUAAAUUGAUUUUAAAAAGUUGUAUUUUUAGAAAAUAAAUAUAAUUUUACGAGAUUAGAUUUUGUAACAGUAUGAUAACAAAAAUUGUUCUUUUUUGAAAAACAGCAGCUAACGUUCCGAAACUAAAAUUGGUGUUUACAACUCAGGAGAACGAAAAAAUGGCACUCGCAUGAGAAAAAAGAAAGCAACGCGACGAGAAAUAAGUUGGAUCGGAAUGUUUUUUCCCCCCCAAAUGAGAGUACGAAAAAAAAAAUCAAAAUUAAUAACCCCCCCCCAAAAAAAUAAAUAAAACAAAACAGAACUUGAAAAGCUGCCACAGAAUGUUGUGUUCAGGCCUACGUGGAAAUCUUGACAUUCACUUCUAAGUCUCGUUUCUAUUUCUUCCACUUAACGCUGCCACUUUGUUCUCAUAAGAUUAUACAUUAUUAUUAUACAUAUAUUGCCAUCGUCUAAUAUACUACAUACAUUUUGAGCAUUGCAAAGUGAUUCAUUUACUGUCUUCUUUGACGAUGGGACCCAAACGCAACUUUGGUCACGACCGCCUUUGAAAUUUCUCUUAAGUGCCUGCUUGCCUUUUUUCCCCCCCAGACAUUUUCCGUCAACUCACUUAAACGUGUGUCUACGCGUAUGUGUUUGUGGAACACUUCACACACACACACAUAAAAAAUGGAGCUCACGUUAAUCCUCGACUACGCCUCUUGAUUGUAUGUUUUUGCAUACGUUGUCAGUCUUUUGUGUGACAUCAUGAUAAUGACGUUUGUACUUUCUAUCGUCGACCUGAAUGUACCGGAAUGUGCUCUAUGUAGCAUACUCUAUGUUGUGUGGUGUUUGAAACGUCAUCAUUUUUGUAUUUAAUGUCAUUCGGUCCGCAAUAUUUGUUGUUGUCCUGUGACCUUCACAAUAAAUUUGUAUGUGGA